AUGGCUCAAGAUCUGAAAUCUCAUAUGACAAAGUCACCUGAGAACCACAAAAGAAAGGACUAUCUGCAUUGGGAUGACUACUUUAUGGCCACCUCCCUGCUAUCUGCUAAACGCAGCAAAGAUCCCGUCACCCAAGUGGGCGCCUGCAUCGUAGAUUCACAGAAUCGGAUAGUGGCCAUUGGAUACAAUGGGUUCCCACGAAACUGCAGUGAUGACGUGUUUCCAUGGUCAAAGGCUAAGAAAGGCGCGCAGGACUUUGAUCCCCUGGAAGACAAGAAAAUGUACGUGGUCCACGCGGAGGCCAAUGCAAUCUUGAACACCAAUGGCAUGAGUUUGACAGGAACGCGUCUGUAUACUACACUAUUUCCCUGCAAUGAAUGUGCCAAGCUCAUCAUACAGGUGGGGAUUUCUCAGGUGCUUUAUUUGUCCGACAAGUAUGCGGAUAAGUCCACAUAUCGUGCAUCCAAGCGAAUGCUGGAUGCAGUGGGCGUGGAGUAUAAGCGACACAUUCCCCAAAAAAAAAGUAUCAUCAUUGAUUUUGACACGUUCCCAGAAGAAGAUCCGAACGCGUCUCUGGGCCUUAACGACCUACAUAUGUAA